UGUAUUACUUGGGUUGUUACCGACAUCUGGUGAAAGUUUCAAGUCAACAGCACCUUUAGAAAUAUAUUGACUGAGAAAAAUGGUGACACGUUCAACACUUAUUUUACCCGCUGUAAGUAAAGUAUGUUGUGUGCACAGUAUGACGGGCCAGUCGGCUGCUGAGGGAUCUCCCUGCUCUCAUCGACUCUCUGUGCAAACUCAAGAGGACGAGCAGGACCGAGCAGAGAGUGUGCUCAGCAGGUCUCAGUCUGCGUGUGAUGACACCUCGUCUGAGCUGCAGCGAGUAGCUGCCCUAGAGCCUCAGGAUGCACCAUCCAGAAACUCCUUUAGAGGAAGAGGAGCCCUGUCAAGGUUGGUGAGUCUGGUGGUGAUUCUGAGAGACUGGGCACACAGGAGUCUGAUAGAGGAGGAGGAGAGACCCGAUUCCUUUCUAGAGAGAUUCCGGGGACCUGAAGUACGAGCUCCACCCAGUCGAAGGAGCAACAACCAACCAGAUGCCAAUGGAAACACUAAGGGAAUCACAAAGAAGCAAUGGGAGACAUUUAUAGUUUCUCCCUCUGAUGAUAUUUACUACUACUGGCUGUUCUUCAUCGCUGCUGCUGUGCUUUAUAACUGGGUACUGCUUGUGGCAAGAGCAUGUUUUGAUCAGCUGCAGACUGAGAAUCCUGUUGUCUGGCUGGUGUUUGACUAUUUGUGUGACGCUGUCUACAUACUGGAUUCAUGUAUGCGGCUAAGGACGGGUUACCUGGAGCAAGGACUUCUGGUGAAGGACUUGGCGAAACUCAGAGACAGCUACAUUCAUACCUUUCAGUUCAAACUGGACGUUAUCUCCAUCCUCCCCACAGACCUGGCGUACAUCAUCUUAGGCAUCAACACACCACAGCUACGCUUCAACCGCCUCUUGCGCUUCUCUCGUAUGUUCGAGUUCUUUAAUCGGACGGAGACGAGAACCAACUACCCAAACAUCUUCCGCAUCUGGAACUUGGUUCUCUACAUUCUGGUUAUUAUCCACUGGAAUGCCUGCAUCUUCUAUGCCAUCUCGAAGUCUCUAGGUUUUGGCUCAGAUCAGUGGGUUUAUCCCAACAUCUCAUCCACAGAGGAAGGAGCUCUGAGGCGGAGCUACAUAUACUGCUUCUACUGGUCCACACUGACACUCACCACCAUCGGUGAGAUGCCACCACCCGUACGCGACGAGGAAUAUGUGUUUGUGGUGUUCGAUUAUCUUGUUGGAGUUCUGAUUUUUGCCACCAUUGUGGGUAACGUGGGUUCCAUGAUUUCCAAUAUGAACGCCACACGGGCAGAGUUCCAGGCACGGAUUGAUGCUAUUAAACAUUACAUGCACUUCCGCAAAGUCAGCCGCCAUCUUGAGACACGUGUCAUCAAAUGGUUCGACUAUCUGUGGACGAAUCAGAAAGCAGUGGAUGAACAGGAAGUCUUAAAGAAUCUUCCCGACAAGCUACGUGCAGAAAUUGCUAUCAAUGUUCAUUUAUCUACUCUAAAGAAAGUGCGCAUCUUUCAAGAUUGCGAGGCCGGGCUGUUAGUAGAACUGGUUUUAAAGCUGCGCCCCCAAGUUUACAGUCCUGGCGACUACAUCUGCCGAAAAGGAGACAUUGGAAAAGAGAUGUACAUCAUUAAAGAGGGAAAAUUAGCAGUUGUUGCUGAUGAUGGAGUGACACAGUUUGCAUUGCUAACGGCUGGGGGUUGCUUUGGAGAGAUUAGCAUUCUUAACAUUCAGGGCAGUAAAAUGGGAAACCGCCGGACAGCUAACAUUCGCAGCAUCGGCUACUCUGACCUCUUCUGCCUUUCAAAGGACGACCUUAUGGAGGCCGUAACCGAAUACCCAGAUGCACAGAAGGUUCUGGAGGAGCGUGGAAGGGAGAUUCUGAGGAAGCAAGGGCUUCUGGAUGAAAGCGCCGCACAGGGAGGGCUGCUCGUCAUGGAUACUGAGAAAGUUGAACGUCUGGAGAGCUCGCUGGAUGUUCUGCAAGCACGAUUUGCACGGUUGCUCGGGGAGUUCACAGUCACUCAAAGCAGACUGAAGCAAAGAAUCACAGGGCUUGAGAGACAGCUGUGUCACACAGGCCUUGGUCUUGUUUCAGAUCAAGAGAUUGACUCUGAGAGUAAUGGUAACUCGCCUCGAGCCAACUCGACUAAAUAGAUGUGUGCCUCUAUGUCACAGGAUUUUAUUUCUGCACACAAAUUCACAUUUAAAGACAUCUGCUCGUUCAAACACAUUCCAGCAGCCUCCAGCUUUUAGACUUGGUUUUUCCAAGUAUUGCCUUUAAUAGGGGUUUUUAAAGGAAGACACCAUAUUUAAUUUUCUUUAAAUAAAAAUUAGGUUACGAGGGAUGCUGUAGCGUAGUCCUUCGACGUAUAUACCAUCAGUGUUGUUAUUGUUAACCAAAACUGUUAAAUUAGUUAUUUUCACUAAUUGAAAUGAUGCUGAAAUAACAUCCAAAUUCAUCCAUCCAUUCUCCAAACUAUUAUAUGUAGGGUAUUAAAUUAAAACAUGACAUGAAAAACUUGAUUAUAUUUUUAUACAUAACAUUACAACCCAUUGAGAAAAACGUUUAUUUGUUCUAACUGUGUAUUUAUUGGAUGAAUGUUCUAUUUACAUUUUUUUUUCAUUAAAAAUUCUCUUAGUUAGACUUUUUUUGUUAAUAACAAACUGUACUGCACAUCCACCCCAGAGCCUUGUUUACUUUCGUGAAAAAAAUUAAAUAUGGCGUUCUUACCCAAGACAAAUGCUGUUGACAAGUCAAAAUAUGUAUUGAUAAACUGUCCUUGUAACAUGUUGUGUUCAUAAUAGGCUAGUCGCAUGUGCACAAUAAUAUAUAGGCUACAGAAAAAUAACAGAAUGUAUAUUCUUUAUAAUUACCGUGUGGUCUGAAUGUAAACCCUGUUUGCAUCUCCGUGCUCAAAUAAAGCUGAUAUGUUGUUGC